AUGGGAAUUAAUCGCCUGGAAGACCUGCAGGCAUCGGAGGAUAUCAUCAUAGGGACCCGGUUUUGUAAACUGCGGGACAUAAUCUACUCCAUCGCGCUUGACUUCCUCGGAGGCGUAGGUCUUCAACAUCAGGACUGGUUUGACGACAAACACGCCGGUAUAUGCAACCUACUCACCGUGAAUAACAGACUGCAAAAAGCCUACAUAGAACGCCGGACUGAUAACAACAAAGCAGAUGUCGCUGCCUGGUGCAGCAAUGUCUGCGGGAGCUGCAGGAUGCCUGAGCGGCUCGCAAAGCCGAUGAAAUACAGGGAUGCGCUGACCACAACGAAAAGAAGAACUUUUUCGAGCCAAUCAAGGUUACCUACGGCCUCGCUGCUCGGAUCGGAUGGCACAGAACUAAUGACGAAGAAAACAAAAAAAGUGAAGUGUUUGGCCGAGCGCAUUGGAAGUGUCCCCAACCACCCAUGCACGAUCUCGGAGGCCGACAUCGACCGGCUCCCUUAA